UUCCAGGGGAAAGGCAGCAUUCGCUUGUUUCUGUGAAGAGCCUGUUUUGUGGUGCUGGACUCUGAGGCAGAAGCAUGAAGCUGGAGGUCCCAGAAACUUUUGAAGAUGUUGCUGUUGAUAUUUCGAGGGAAGAAGGGAAGAUGUUGAGUAAUCAGGAAAAAGAACUGCACGGGGAGGUGAUGCAGCAGAACUACGAACACGUGGUAUCAGUAGAGCUUACAGCCAUGGAGACAAAGAAUGACAGUGAGAAUGCACCUGCACAGACCCAGGCUGCUUGUCAGACUACAGUGGGACAUGAAACUCAUACAAUGUCUCGAAGGCAAAGAAAUCGGUACAAAGAAAAUAUGAGACUGAGGAGUGACAGACAACAACAGGCAGCUAAUGGCAUGAACCAGCAAGGACAACAGGAUUUUCAGAGUUUACAGGCCAAAAUUCAGGGGCUUUCAGAAGAAGAACUGCGUCAGCUGUGCACCAUGAUUGCUGAAAGGAAUCCUGAACUGCUGUGGGAGAUUCUUGAGGAACAGCAAGAGAGGCGUAAUAUAGCAAAUGUUGAACAUCAUUCAAAAGUCCCUCCCUCAUGGUGUGUUUGCCAUUGCUGCAGAAAUAUGCCUACUGCGAUAGAAAGUGUCUGCUGUGGGAAAGCACCAAUGAACUGUUUAUCAUUUGUUUCGGAAAUGAGUGAGGUUGUACUUCAUAAGACUGUACUACAUGUUGCUGAUAGAUACAGGCGAACACUUUUUGGAUUACCAGUGGACACUGAUGAAAAUCAUCGCUAUCGCCACUGUGCAUAUCGACAGUUUACUGUCUGGCAUUAUGGUCGAAUUGGAAGCAGAGCACCAGUUAUUCCCAGUUGUUGUGUCUGGCGCAUUCGUGACUGUUAUCCUGAUGCGUUAGGCCAGUACACUGGUUUUCAACCUAAACGGAAGAGGACUGCAUAUGACUAGUAAUGUGAUGUUGUCAUUAAUGAAUAGUUCUUAACUAGUAAAGUUUCAAAUGGUUGCAAUUUUACAAUAAAAAGCGAUAUUGCCUAAACA